UGAUACCACUUAUACCAACACUUUGAAACUAAAUUGCUCGUCUUUCUUCAAAACAAAACAGAACGUCGAAAUUGGGAAACGUCACAGUCAUAUAAUUUAGAAGAAAAAAAAAUCACAGAGUUAUUUAAACACAAUGUCGGACACCGAGUCACAAAUUCGAAAGCUGAGGCUGUCAUUGGAAACUUGGCGAGAGGUAAUACUAAGAAUAAAUGAAAUUAUGUUAUGGAAAAAGCAAUGGUAUUCAACAGCAAUCAUGGGAGGCUGUACUGUGAUGUUUAUGUUGAUAUGGCUAUUUGAACCGAACCUAUUAACUAUAAUAUCGUUAUUGGGAUUAGUCAUAACAGUAGGAGAUUAUGUAUUACCAGCACUGAUCGCUACACUCUUUAAGGCUGAAAUGUGGACCUCGGAAAAGCAAACACAGUAUGAAGAAAUAUGCACAAAUAUUGUUCUGUAUAAAACCAAGUUCGAAUUAUUGCUUUCUUCGUAUUAUAGGAUGAAAGUAACCAACUCCAAAUUGUACUUCACUAUCACUAUAUUCGGACUUGCUUUUCUUGCUUGGAUUGGGGGAACAAUUAGUAAUCUUUUCUUGACGUAUGUUUUAUUUUUAUUUAUAUUGUUACUGCCUGGCAUGUCGCACAAUGGUAUGUUGAAUAAAGGCUCAGAAACACUGUCGAAGAUCUUCAGCGAUCUAGUGGAAAAUGCAAAAUCGAGGGUUGGCCAGAAAAAGAUACAAUAAACAUUGUAGUUGAAAGUUUUAGUUGAAUAGUUCUUUACCAUUAUUUUGUGAGUUUGCUCAAAAUCUUUUGGUAUUCUGGGUAUUUCUAUCAUUUUAUGAAAUUGUCAGUGUGAUAUUUAGACUGAUGUUAAUAAAAUGUAAUUAGUUUUAUAUAUGUAUAAUAAAUUAUCUUUUUUAUACA